CCGUGUGAUUCCGUUUUAAAAUAAAUAAAAAUCAAUAUUGGGCAGCUCGGAAUAUCGCCCGGCUUCGUCUUCCUCUUCCUCCGUUUUCUUCUAUUCCAAGAUUUUGACAUUUCCUCUUUUUCUUCUUCUGCCAUUGAAGAGAUCUGAGUUUCACGCGAGCUCGGCGUCUCAAAAGUGUCACGCGCUUUUCAGCGGCGUUUUAUAAUAGGUGGGCUUAAACGCUUUGUUGUGAUGAGGUGAGUUUGUGCUGUUUGUCGAAUUAUUCAGCCUUGGAGAAGUGAAAGAGUUUUCGAGAUGGGGAUUUUGGAUGGAUUUCCCAUUCCUCCAGAUAAAGAUUAUUUAAGAGAUGAGCUUUCAAGAAUAGAUGAGAGUUGGGCGGCUGCACGUUUUGAUUCACUACCUCAUGUUGUCCGUAUUCUGACAUCAAAAGAUCGUGAUGGUGAGGUCCAGAUAUUAAAGGACCAAAGCGAUGUUGUUGAGGAUGUUGUAGAUGAAGUUGUGCAUGCUUAUCACAGUGGCUUCAACAAAGCAAUUCAAAAUUAUUCUCAGAUCUUGCGGUUAUUCAGUGAAUCUACUGAAAGUAUUGGUGUCUUAAAGGUCGAUUUGGCUGAGGCAAAGAAACAUCUUGGUGCACGCAAUAAACAAUUGCAUCAGUUGUGGUAUCGAUCUGUGACACUGCGUCACAUAAUCUCCUUGUUAGAUCAGAUUGAGGGCAUAGCUAAGGUUCCUGCUCGUAUUGAGAAGCUCAUUUCUGAAAAACAAUUUUAUGCUGCAGCUCAAUUGCAUGUUCAGUCAUCAUUGAUGCUUGAGCGAGAAGGCCUCCAAACGGUUGGUGCCCUCCAAGAUGUUCGAUCUGAACUGACAAAGUUGCGAAGUGUUCUGUUCUAUAAAGUUUUGGAGGAUUUGCAUGCACAUCUUUAUAAUAAGGGUGAAUACAGCUCAGUUGCUUCAAGCGUGCAUGAAAAGGAUGAUGAAGUGCCAACUACCACAGCUGUUGCAUUUACAGCAAAUACUUCACAGCCUGUGUCUCGAAGAACCAGGACAGUGAAAGGUGAUGGUCAGUUUGGCAGUCAGGGGCUUGUAGAUGGACCAUACAGGCCAGGUUCCAUUGAUGGAGGUUCAUCAUAUGAUGGCCAUGAUGAGGAUGGUUCUUUGGAGCCACAUGACGAUAAUACCUUGGAUGGACAUGCAGUACGGCUUAAUGGUGGUGAUGGGAAGGAUGUCAAAGUCAUAUCCCGUCAAAUCCCAUUGUGGCUUUUGGAUUCCACUCCUGAUGAAUUUGUUGAAACAAUUAAAAAGAGUGAUGCUCCACUUCAUGUGAAGUAUUUGCAGACUAUGGUGGAGUGCCUAUGCUUACUUCACAAAGUAGCUGCAGCUGGUGCUGUAAUAAGCCAACGAUUGCGACCCACAAUUCAUGAGAUCAUCACAACCAAGAUUAAAGCCCAUGCAGAAUCCAUUAAUUCUUCAAGGUCUGGAAUUGAUAAGGCCCCUCGAGCUGGUACCACCAGUCUCCACUUUAUGAAGGCACAGUUAGAAAGGUACCAAUUACCAAGACAGAAGCGUCAGAAUGGGAUAUCAUUGGCUGGGACUCUGUUGGCAGUGAGCCCCGUCUCACCUGUGAUGGCUCCUACAGGAAAAGCACAGGCUGCUACAAAAGAGCUUCUCGAUUCAAUUUUGGACUCCGUUGUUCGGAUAUUUGAGAAUCAUGUUGUUGUUGGAGAGCUUAUUGAGUUGAAAUCUUCCCUACAAAGUGACAUAAACACACCAAAGUCACUGUCAGCAGGUGUAAACCUUGAUUGUGAAGCAUCUCAAGUUACUGGAGGCUACAGUAUUGGAUUUUCCUUGACAGUUUUACAGAGUGAAUGCCAACAACUCAUAUGUGAGAUUCUUCGAGCAACUCCUGAGGCUGCAUCGGCUGAUGCUGCUGUACAAACUGCCAGGCUUGCAAGCAAGGUUCCUACAAAUGAAAAGAGGGAUGGGUCAGAAGAUGGCCUCACUUUUGCGUUCCGUUUCACAGAUGCUACCAUAUCGGCUCCUAACCAGGGGGUUGAUCUCAUUCGCCAAGGAUGGAGUAGGAGGGGUCCCAAUGUUUUGCAAGAAGGUUAUGGCUCUGCAGCUGUCUUGCCUGAGCAAGGCAUUUAUCUAGUGGCAUCUGUAUACCGACCUGUUCUUGAGUUUACAGAUAGAGUUGCUUCAAUGCUGCCGAGAAAGUAUGCCCAGCUUGGGAAUGAUGGAUUGCUAGCCUUUGUGGAGAAUUUUGUGAAGGACCACCUUUUGCCAACCAUGUUUGUUGACUACCGGAAAGGCGUACAACAAGCUAUAUCAAGUCCAGCUGCAUUUCGGCCACGGGCACAUACUAGUGUUUCAUAUGCUUCAUCAAUUGAGAAGGGUCGACCUAUCUUGCAGGGGCUUCUGGCUAUUGAUUUCUUAGCAAAAGAGCUGCUCGGUUGGGCUCAAGCAAUGCCUAAAUUUGCCGUUGACCUUGUGAAGUAUGUUCAAACUUUCCUCGAGCGAACCUAUGAAAGAUGCCGAACUUCAUACAUGGAGGCAGUUCUUGAGAAGCAGAGUUAUAUGCUUAUUGGAAGGCAUGAUAUUGAGAAAUUGAUGCGACUUGAUCCAGCUAGUGCAUGUUUACCAAAUGCAUUUGGUCAGUCAAAUGCAAGAAAUAUUGCUUCUGAUGCAGAAAGUAUUGAGGUUGAAUCAGAACUAAGUGAACUUCUCUUAAAUUUGCGUCCUAUUAAGCAGGAGAAUCUAAUUCGUGAUGACAAUAAACUUGUUUUGCUGGCAUCCCUGAGUGAUUCAUUGGAAUAUCUUGCAGACUCAAUUGAAAGACUUGUACAAACAACCCCACAAACAUCAAAUCAUGUGGAGAGUGGCAAGCCCAGCCAUACACGAACAAGCAGUUCACCUGCUAGGGAUCUGGCAUCGUUUGCAGAUGAGUACCGAAAACUAGCAAUUGAUUGCUUAAAAGUUUUACGUGUGGAGAUGCAGUUGGAGACUAUUUUCCACAUGCAGGAAAUGACAAAUAGGGAAUACCUGGAAAACCAAGAUGCAGAAGAGCCUGAUGACUUUGUUAUUUCACUUACUGCACAGAUAACGCGCAGGGAUGAGGAAAUGGCACCUUUUGUUGCGGGAGUGAAGCGGAAUUACAUAUUUGGUGGAAUAUGUAGUAUUGCUACAAAUGCGUCCAUUAAGGCUUUGGCUGACAUGAAAUUGAUCAAUCUGUUUGGGGUUCAGCAGAUAUGUCGGAAUUCAAUUGCUUUAGAACAGGCCCUUGCAGCUAUCCCAUCAAUUGACAGUGAAGCUGUACAGCAGAGAUUAGAUCAUGUCCGAACGUAUUAUGAACUGUUAAAUAUGCCAUUUGAGGCCCUGCUUGCCUUCAUUACAGAACAUGAGCACUUGUUUACAGCUGCAGAGUAUGUUAAUCUUCUAAAAGUCCAGGUGCCUGGAAGGGAGAUUCCUCCUGAUGCACAAGAUCGAGCAUCAGAGAUUUUAUCCCAUUAGCACUCCAAAGUGACUUGAUUUGGUUAGCGGCCAAAAUCAUAUGAUUUGUGCUUGCACAGAUAAUUACUCAUCUCCUAGUUGUUUGAGCAUGGUGCGUAAGCCUUUUCCGUGGAAGUUAUUGUUCAACAUGUGCCAAGUAGUGGUAAAUUUUUGUCAAAUAUCAGAGAUUAGAGGUUUGUUCAAUUGCAUUUGUAAUUAUAGUUUAUUCUGUGUAGUAUCAAUUUUGUGAGUUGUGUUUCUUCGUGGGCUCUUUUAGGAGCUUUUGCCUAGUGUUGGUAAUGGCAGAUUAAAAGUACCAAUACAAUGUUUCUUAUGCCAAGUACAUGCUGGUUAUUGUGGAAAUCGGACAUUGUAUCUUUCAACCUCCAUAGCAACUAGCAAGUCCAAGUACAAUAAGAAACUUGAAUGUUAAUGAGAAUUAGGAAUAUCUGAUGAGAACUGAUGAACAUCUUUAUCCGUUAGGCUGUUGUCGGUUCUUAUUAAUUCAUUCUGACUGUUAUGACUUAUGAUUAAUUCUAAUCACUAGAAUCUUUAAACUGA